UCUGAAAGUUCAAGAAAAAAACGCGCCAGGUGAUCCAAUUUUUACAACAUUGCCCUUCAUUAAGGAGACAUGGGGAAAGCUCUCUUAGUGGUUUGAGUAUAAAGUAGACAUCAUUGCAUCUAUUCAACACGGUCGACCAGCUUUGACGAUGAAGGAAGGAAAUAUGCCCGCGUUGCUUCGCUCAAGUAUAGGUGAUCGUCGACUUGUCAUAAAUGUUGGAGGAAGACGCUAUGAGACAUUUCAAAGCACUCUAACAAGCAUCCCUGAUACGCGUCUUGCCUGGGUCGCAGGGCAGCCUCACGAGGCUCCCGAAUAUGACAGAAUCAAAAACGAAUUUUUCUUCGACAGACAUUCAGGUCUGUUUGAGGAAAUUUUAAAUUAUUAUCGAACGGGAAAGUUGCACUGUCCAAAGGGAAUUUGCGGGAGCGCCUUCGAGGAGGAAUUGUCGUUUUGGGGAAUAGAUGAGGAACAGAUGGAAGCAUGCUGCUGGCCAGAGUACACUCGUCAAAGGACAGCCAUUGAGAACUUGCGCGUAUUCAAUGGAAAUACUUCUCAAGAGAUUGUUAACAGCGAAGCGAGCUGUGAUUCGUAUGAAACACUUUAUCCUAGGAAAUCUUCCACGGACAGACAUGGAAUUAAAACAAUUUACAGAAAAAUACAACCUUGGUUUUGGCGGGCUUUGGAUGAGCCUUUUUCGUCCAUUACGGCGAAGGUAACUACAGUGGUUUCGCUUGGCUUCAUCUUUCUCUCCGUUUUUGACUUCAUUCUCAGUUCAAGUAACCUCAUCCCAACGCUCAGCUCACCAAACAUCAUCGAGUAUGUAUGCGGCACUUGGUUUACAUUCGAGUUUGUAAUACGAUUAAUGUUCUGCCCGUCAAAAAUUGCGCACUUUAAGAAAGCGAUGACAUGGGUCGACAUUGGCGCCCUUGUACCUUUUUAUCUGCAAUUUGUUAUCAACCCUGAGGACAUGGAAAGGCUUAAAAUACUCAUCAUGUUUCGUCUGCUAAGGAUAUUUCGAUUAUUUCGAUUCUCAUAUCGACUGCAGAUAAUGGUACUGGCAUUGAAAGGCAGUCUACAUGAGCUUGGUUUAUUGCUUCUCAUAUUGACCAUCUCUGUAGUGUUCUUCUCGACUCUAGUCUACUACGCAGACGGUACUGCGCACGAUACUAAGUUUGUCAACAUCCCAUCUUCGUUCUGGUGGGCUAUUAUCACUUUGACGACCGUGGGGUAUGGUGACGAGACGCCGAUCACGUGGUCUGGUCGUCUAGUAGGAAGUGUAUGUGCUCUGUGGGGAGUAUUGAUGAUUACUCUUCCUAUAUCGAUCGUGAACAGCAAUUUCUCAUUGUAUUAUGCCCAUGCAAAGGCAAUGCUACGCCUGCCUAAGAAAAUAGUCAAAGACACCUUCCCACCGGGUACUAAGAGAUAUCUUAGCGUUCUUUCGCAUAUCUCGGACAUGAACUUGACAGGGAGACUAGUACGACAACAGAAGAUAGGAGCGGAUACCAGUCCCUCUCAAUCCAACAUCAACCUCUCCGACGGAGUACUGAGGAUGAGUUCAAGAAAGUGUCUUAGUACGAAGGUAGCUCGGAUGAAACGCCUCGCGAGAAAAAACACAUUGAAUUUGUCGUCGCUUUCCAAGACGUCACUCUUUUCCUCGGACGCUGUUGUUCAUCCUUUUCUAAGUAGGCAAAGAAGUAAAUCUUUGGAUACUGUUAAUAUAGGAAUGCUGUCCAAAGACUGGGGACAAGAAUUUGAAGAUGGUCCCAGCACGGAAGAUGAAAAAGAAGAAACAGCAAGCACAUUCUACGGCAAUUUUGUACUCAAAAGCACACAGAAUUUAAGCAAUGACUUGAACUUUCCACUUUUGGAUAACACUUCAAAGAGAAAUCACGUGACUUAUGACUUGGAUGGUCCAAACUGUAAGCCAAGUACUAUAGAAGGCAUUGUUACCAUGGAAACGGAAUUUUGACGUAUUGGUCACGUGAGGUUGUGAUUUACGUCAUUUGAAGUAUAGAAGUGAAAUUUAUUAUGGGAKUUAUGAAUUAUCACAUGAUUUUGUAUACGUUAAUGAGAGCAAAGCAACAUGGCGAAUGAAUUGCGUUCUAGAAAUUCGCUGUCAAAUAUUAGAUGGAUAUCUUCUUACGCGAGUUUUUACUCUAGAUGACAACUUUGAGCAUAUCUCGUUUUUAAAGCAGAAUAUUGUAAUACUGAUAUGCAAAUCUUCUUGUCUGCCAUCGAAGAGCAAUKGAGUGCGCAUUGAAUUGUGGGACACGAACUGCUUUGAUCGCAAAGCACUAACGCGUCAAAUAAAAAAAUGAAAAUUAAUAGCCAAGUGCUGAAAACUAAAUAAUGUUGUAAUCAAAUGCAUGUUGAAUGUUAAAAGGGAAUUCGAUUGUAUUAGAAUAUUUAUAAUAUUUGAUAUGAAAUCGAUCCUUUAGAAGGAAUCUUUUGUAGAAUUUAGACAAUUUUUAGACAGUUUUUACACGAUGUUAUCAAAAUAAUCCUACCAAGUUUAGAAAUUGCGAAAACGAUUGAAAUUUAUUGUUAUAAAGACACUCCAUUAUUACGAGCCCAUAUACUCUUGUCAAUAAUAUACAGAGCAACCUCGCUACACCGACCUUAACUGUUAAUAAAUAUACUCAAUUGUUACGAGCAGUUGCACUAGUUAAUAUACAAACCUCGCUACACCGACCUUAACUGUUAAUAAAUAUACUCAAUUGUUACGAGCAGUUGCACUAGUUAAUAUACAAACCUCGCUACACCGACCUUAACUGUUAAUAAAUAUACUCAAUUGUUACGAGCAGUUGCACUAGUUAAUAUACAAACCUCGCUACACCGACCUUAACUGUUAAUAAAUAUACUCAAUUGUUACGAGCAGUUGCACUAGUUAAUAUACAAACCUCGCUACACCGACCUUAACUGUUAAUAAAUAUACUCAAU